AUGUAUGUGGUGAAGCGAGAUGGGAGGCAAGAGGCGGUUCAUUUCGACAAGAUUACUGCCCGGUUGAAGAAAUUGAGCUAUGGGCUCAGCAGCGAACACUGUGACCCGGUUCUGGUUUCUCAGAAAGUCUGUGCUGGUGUCUACAAGGGCGUCACUACCAGCCAGCUCGAUGAAUUGGCCGCGGAAACCGCCGCCGCCAUGACCGCCAACCAUCCUGAUUAUGCUUGUUUGGCUGCGAGAAUUGCUGUUUCAAAUCUGCACAAGAACACUAAGAAAUCAUUUUCUGAAACGGUCAAGGAUAUGUAUGCCCAUGUCAGUGAGAGGUCAGGGCUAAAAGCUCCUCUAAUUGCUGAUGAUGUUUAUGAGAUAAUCAUGAAGAAUGCUUCACGUCUGGACAGUGAAAUCAUUUAUGAUCGUGACUUUGACUAUGAUUACUUUGGCUUCAAAACCCUUGAGAGGUCUUAUCUCUUGAAGAUACAAGGCAAGGUAGUGGAAAGACCUCAACACAUGUUGAUGAGGGUUGCUGUUGGAAUUCACAAAGAAGAUAUUGAUUCUGCUAUAAAAACAUACCAUUUCAUGUCUCAAAGAUGGUUUACUCACGCUUCUCCCACUCUUUUCAAUGCGGGAACUCCAAGGCCCCAAUUGAGCAGUUGCUUCCUAGUGUGCAUGAAGGAGGACAGUAUUGAGGGUAUUUAUGACACACUGAAGGAAUGUGCUGUUAUCAGCAAAUCAGCUGGUGGGAUUGGGGUAUCCAUUCACAACAUUCGUGCCACUGGAAGUUACAUCCGUGGAACAAAUGGAACAUCUAAUGGUAUUGUUCCGAUGUUGCGGGUGUUCAAUGACACAGCUCGUUAUGUUGAUCAAGGUGGUGGCAAGAGGAAGGGUGCCUUUGCUGUGUACCUUGAGCCAUGGCAUGCUGAUAUAUUUGAAUUUUUGGAGUUGAAGAUAAACCAUGGGAAGGAAGAGCAUAGGGCGCGUGAUCUGUUUUAUGCGCUUUGGGUACCUGAUCUUUUUAUGGAAAGAGUCAGGCAGAAGGGGAAGUGGUCCUUGUUUUGCCCAAGUGAGUCCCCAGGAUUGGCUGAUUGUUGGGGUGAGGAAUUUGAAAGGCUAUACAACCAAUAUGAAAAGCAGGGCAAGGCAAAAAAAGUUGUGGAAGCGCAAGAUCUUUGGUUUGCAAUUUUGAGGUCUCAGGUUGAAACUGGAACACCCUAUAUGCUAUAUAAGGACACAUGCAACAGGAAGAGUAACCAGCAAAACCUUGGAACAAUUAAAUCUUCAAACUUAUGUACUGAGAUCAUUGAGUACUCUAGUCCAACAGAAACUGCGGUUUGCAAUUUGGCAUCAAUUGCUCUGCCACGAUAUGUUAAAGAGAAGGGUAUCUCUUCAGAAUCACAACCUUCCAAACUUGUAGGCAGUAGAGGUUCCCAAAAUCGAUACUUUGAUUUUGACAAGCUUGGUGAGGUCACUGCUAUAAUUACUGCAAAUCUGAACAAGAUAAUUGAUUGCAAUUACUACCCUGUUGAAACUGCAAAGCGGUCAAAUUUUCGUCACAGACCCAUUGGCAUUGGGGUUCAGGGUCUUGCAGAUACCUUAAUGUUACUUGGGAUGGCCUUUGAUUCACCUGAGGCUCAACAGCUCAACAAAGACAUCUUUGAGACCAUAUACUAUCAUGCACUUAAAGCUUCUUCUGAAUUAGCUGCAAUUGAAGGGUCAUACGAAACUUAUAAUGGAAGUCCUCUGAGCAAGGGCAUUCUCCAGCCAGAUAUGUGGGGUGUUACACCAUCGAAUAGGUGGGAUUGGGAUGCUCUACGAGCAAUGAUAUCGAAACAUGGUGCAAGAAAUUCUCUUCUUGUAGCCCCCAUGCCAACUGCUUCAACUAGCCAGAUUCUUGGAAAUAAUGAAUGCUUUGAGCCAUACACCUCCAAUAUCUACAGUCGUAGAGUUCUAAGUGGCGAGUUUGUAGUGGUGAACAAGCAUCUUCUUCAUGACUUGACCGAGAUGGGCCUUUGGACUCCUGCACUCAAGAACAGGAUUAUUUAUGACAAUGGCUCUGUUCAGAACAUUCCUGAAAUCCCAGAAGAUCUGAAACUUAUCUAUAAGACUGUUUGGGAAAUCAGACAGCGGACAGUUGUUGAUAUGGCUGUGGAUCGUGGAUGUUACAUAGACCAAAGCCAAAGUCUCAACAUCCAUAUGGAUGAGCCCAAUUUUGCAAAGCUUACUUCAUUGCAUUAUCAUGCCUGGUCAAAGGGUCUGAAAACCGGGAUGUACUACUUACGAUCGCGUGCUGCAGCUGAUGCUAUCAAAUUCACCGUGGACACUUCGAUGCUUAAGGAGAAACCUAAGGUGGCUGAUGAUGAUGAGACUAGGAUGGCUCAGAUAGUGUGCUCUCUCACAAACAGGGAGGAAUGCAUGGCUUGUGGAAGUUAA